AUGACUACCUUCCAACGAAGAAAACUGCUGACUCAGACUCAAUUUUCCAUUCUCGUCAUCGUUGUACUCGUCGCACUUGUUGCCUCGGCCCAAGACACUUCCACGUCCACCGUAACGUGUGAUAUCUCGCAGUACCGCGACUCCAACACCAACAAGUGUGUCACGUAUUCAUCUCGAGGUGAAAAGGCUGGCAAUGCUCGUGAUAUGCCCCUUGACUCCGGCAAUACAGCGUGGAUGCUCAUGUCCAGUGCAUUGGUGAUGCUCAUGACUCCUGGUGUCGCAUUCUUCUACGCUGGACUAGCUGGCGAGGAAAUUGCAUCAAACACCAUGAUGAUGUCGUUUGUGAGUAUGGCACUAGUAUCGCUCCAGUUCUGGGCCUUUGGGUACUCAGUGUGCUUCAGCUCUGAUGGCAUUUUUGCAUGGGCAGGAUACAACAAUAUCGGAGCAGUCGCUAGUGCUGUGUACGCCGACGGGGUCCCCCAUAUCCUAUUUGCCUUUUUCCAGACGCAGCUUGCAGUUGUUACGCCCGCGCUGCUCAGUGGUGGUAUUGUAGGUCGCAUGAAGUUAGAAACAUUUGUCCUGUUUGUACUAAUUUGGACAUCGAUCGUGUACGACCCGUUAGCACGCUGGAUGUGGUCACUUGAGCUUGACGAAAACUGGGAAGUGGCAUCCAUGGGCUGGGAAGGCAAAAUGGGCUCGCUUGAUUUUGCAGGAGGUACUGUCGUUCACGUCUCAAGUGGUUUUGGAGCUCUGGUCGCUGCAAUCGUAGUUGGCAAGCGCUAUAACCAUGGCGAUCCCGUGAAACCACACAACGUACCUCUUGUGAUGAUUGGUGCGACGCUGCUUUGGUUUGGCUGGUUUGGUUUCAAUGCUGGUUCGCAAGGUGGAGCGGAUGGCAUUGCUGCGACCGCUGCCAUUAACACUCACUUGGCACCUUGUGCAGGCUUUGUAACCUGGGCGUCGCUCGAAUAUAUUCUGUACCGCAAAUUUGACCCAUGUGGUGCGAUUAGUGGUGCAGUGUCGGGUCUUGUGACAAUAACCCCUGGCUGUGCAUUCGUGUAUCCAUGGGCUGCUGUUAUCUUCGGUAUCAUUGGUGCUGCAACGGGUUUUGGUGCUGUUCAUCUGAAGAACUACCUUCGUUACGAUGACACCCUCGACGCGUUCGGUAUUCACGGCUGUGGUGGUGUCAUGGGUGGUCUGCUCACAGGCUUGUUUGCCAGUCCAGACAUCAAUCCUGCUGUCGAAGGGGGUGCCUUUUACGGUCAUGGCAUGCAGUUCGUGCAUCAGUUCAUGUCACAGUGUGUAGCCGCUGGAUACUCGGCUGUGGUGACGUUCCUUAUCCUGAUGGUACUCAAGCAUACAAUUGGUCUGCGAGUGUCAGAAGACAAGGAAGUUAAUGGUAUGGACGUCACAUAUCACGGAGGCUUUGCAUAUGAGCUCACUACCCACGGUCUGAGCUUGUUGAACUAUAAAAAGAUGAAUCGACCUCCACGAGAUUUUUCCAAACUGACAACGCCAUCACAAUGUGAUUCCGACGAUACUUCUCACAUUAAAGAGCCAAUUAUGAAUGUAUAA